UGUACAAGAACACCUAGAUCUUGUUGUUCUUCCCCUUUUCCUAACUUGACUCCAUUUAGAUAAUAAUCUGCCUUCCUGUUCUUGACACCAAAGUGGAUAACCUCACAUUUAUCCACAUUAAACAGCAUCUGCCAUGCAUCUGCCCACUCACCCAGCCUGUCCAAGUCACCUUGCAUUCUCAUAACAUCCUCCUCACAUUUCACACUGCCUCCCAGCUUUGUGUCAUAUGCAAAUUUGCUAAUGUUACUUUUAAUUCCCUCAUCUAAAUCAUUAAUAUAUGUUGUAAACAACUGCGGUCCCAGCACUGAACCCUGCGGUACCCCACUGGUCACCGCCUGCCAUUCCGAAAGGAACCCGUUAAUUGCUACUCUUUGUUUUCUGUCAGCCAGCCAAUUUUCAAUCCAUGUCAGUACUCUGCCCCCAAUACCAUGUGCCCUAAUUUUGCCCACUAAUCUCCUAUGUGAGACUUUAUCAAAGGCUUUCUGAAAGUCCAGGUACACUACAUCCACUGGCUCUCCCUUGUCCGUUUUCAUAGUUAUAUCCUCAAAAAAUUCCAGAUUAGUCAAGCACAAUUUCCCCUUCAUAAAUCCAUGCUGACUCGGACCAAUCCUGUACUACUAUCCAGAUGUGUCGUAAUUUCAUCUUUUAUAAUUGACUCCAGCAUCUUUCCCACCACUGACGUCAGGCUAACCAGUCUAUAAUUCCCUGUUUUCUCCCUUCCUCCCUUCUUGAAGAGAGGGACAACAUUAGCCACCCUCCAAUCCAGAGGAACUGAUUCUGAAUCUAUAGAACAUUGGAAAAUGAUUACCAAUGCGUCCACAAUUUCUAAAGCCACCUCCUUAAGUACCCUGGGAUGCAGACCAUCAGGUCCCAGGGACUUAUCAGCCUUCAGACCCAACAGCCUAUCCAACACCAAUUCCUGCCUAAUAUAAAUUUCCUUCAGUUCAUCCAUUACCCUAGGUCUUUUGGCCACUAUUACAUCUGGGAGAUUGUUUGUGUUUUUCCUAGUGAAGACAUAUCCAAAGUACCUGUUCAACUCGUCUGCUAUUUCCUUGUUCCCCAUAAUAAAUUCACCUGCUUCUGUCUUCAAGGGCCCAAUUUUGGUCUUAACUAUUUUUUUCCUUUUCACAUACCUAAAGAGCUUUUACUAUCCUCCUUUAUAUUCUUGGCUAGCUUACCUUCGUACCUCAUUUUUUCUCUGCGUAUUGCCUUUUUAGUUACCUUUGUGACGAGAAUACACAUAAAUUAAGAUGUUUGCUGGCCUGGGCUAGCAUCAGUGGCAUCAGCAGUGGUCUGCCACCUGUCCUCAGGGGAAGGAGAGAUAAGGAACAAUGAAGCAGCAUCUGGAGAUGUGUAAUGAAGGGACGGGAGAGAGAGCUGUCUGGAGCCGCUCCCCCUUUGAACCCUGAACUGUUUGAAGUAAUGGACAGGCGAUACCCCAGCAGGGAGAUAAAAAGGGACAGGUUCGCUAAGGCAGGACACACACACGACACCCGAGGUAACGAGACCCUGGAAGCGGUGCGCCUCUCACGAGUCGGUGGGAAGUACCGGACCUUAAACGCACAGGGUGGAAAGGUACGAUCAGCGGGAACCCGGUGUGUGUCCACCCUCGCUUGGGUGCCGGGUUCACUGCAGAGGAUCGACCGCAUCUGGAGGAGGGGUCACAGUCGGUGACCUCAGGUGACAUCACAAAGGACCCGCCCGAAAGCUGCUUGUGAGCAAUAUCGCCGGUCUGUGAGUGGAAGCCGUUUCUGAAUGAUCAGUCGUUCUCGUUCUCUCUCUCUCUCUCCCCCCACAUUGUCCAUCGCCAUGGCAACGAUUACUGCAAACUGAACUAAAUCGAACUGGACUUUUGUGUCACUUUGAAAUUGGUCAUUUACCCCUAGACAACGAUAGAGCUUGAUUGAUGCUGUUAUCUUAAUUCUGUGCACAUGUGUGUUUAUCAUUGCUGAACUGUUGCAUUUAUUAUCCUUUCGAUUACUGUGUUGCUUGUUUCUUUAAUAAAACUUUCUUAGUUCUAGUAAUCCAGACCAACUGAGUGAUCCAUUUCUGCUGGUUUGGCAACCCAGUUACAGGGUACGUAACACCUUCUGUUGCUCUUUAAAAGUUUCCCAAUCCUCCGGCUUCCCACUCGUCUUUGCUAUGUUAUACUUCUUCCCUUUUAUUUUUAUGCUGUCCAUUACUUCCCUUGUCAGCCACGGCCUCCCCUUACUCUCCUUAGGAUCUUUCUUCCUCUUUGGAACAAACUGAUCCUGCACCUUCCGCAUUAUUCCCAGAAACACUUGCCAUUGCUGUUCCACUGUUAUCCCUGCUAGGGUAUUGUUCCAUUGAACUUUGGCCAGCUCCUCCCUCAUAGCACCAUAGUUCCCUUUGUUCAACUGUAAUACUGACACUUCUGAGUUUCCCUUCUCCCUCUCAAAUUGUAGAUUAAAACUUAUAUUAUGGUUACUACCUCAUAAUGGCUCCUUUACCUCGAGGUCCCUGAUCAAAUCCGGUUCAUUUAACCCUAGCUUAUUCGCAGGACAGUUUACAAUGACCAAUUAACCUACUCACUAGUGCAUCUUUGGACUCUGGGAGGAAACUGGAGCACCUGGAGGAAACCGACAUGAUCACAGGGAAAACAUACAAACUCCUAAGUCAGUGCUAGAAUUGAAUUCCUCCAUCUUGAGCUGUAAUAGCGUCACGUUACUGCUACACUACCAGGCUGUCCAAUUUUAUCAUCACCCCAACAAUGGGCAGAUACAAAUUGUUUAAAUGUGUUCAAUUCUUAUUUGCAACUUGAUUCUCAUUACCAGCUCUUCUGCAGACACAGUAUAAUCCAUUGACAAUUAAAAGCUGUGGUGCAUCCAAACCUAUCAUUAAAAACAGUAAAAGCAAUGUGAAGGAUCUUUUGUCAAGUGGGUGAGUCUUUUAACAAGAUUAAAAGUUGUUGACAAAAGGGGUAAUUUUACACAGCGAUUUAUGAACUACAAUGCACUGGAAGAAGAUUCAACUAAAACUCUAACGUCAAUGAAUAAAUGUUUGGAAGGGGAAAUAUUUAUAGACUUAUUGGGGUAAAAAAGGGUUAAGGACUGGGACUAAGUCGUCCUCUGAAUGACCUGGGAAUGAUAUAAGAUAUUUCCUUUAUGAUUCUUUGUUCAAAUUUCAGUUUGUUGUAUAUAAGAGCGAGAAUAAGUAUUCUGAUAUUAGGAGGACCAUCAUGUUGCUAUUAAAGCAGAGAAACGGGAUGAUAUAGUUGAAUCUGCCCCAUCAUUUUGAACUUUUAAGGUAACUCACUUUAACCCAAUCACUGCCUAUCCUUUGCAUUCUGUGAUGGGAUUAUUCUCAAGUAUAUCUUUCUAAUAUCCAGAUUAAGUUUGUACACAUCACUUUUGAAGUGUAUUUUGUAUUAUGAAGAAAUUCAUUUUUAACGAUAAUGAAAAUCCCAUGUUCCUAUGCAAAGAAUUGGGUGUCUCCUUGCUCACUUGGGUAUUUGAUUCUGAUUGGCAUAACUCUAGAUCUAAUUUAUCUGGUCUUUCUUCUAAGUACAUUUAUUUAACAUGUCUUCCGAGUCAACUUGGCAUUGGAAUUUCCUAAAAUCGAAGGCUUGCCUCUCAGUGAGGUUUGACAAGAGCACAGCAAAAUGCUGCUUUUUUGUACAUUGUGCACCACUUAUAGUGAAUCUUGACAUCCUAUAAAACUUUCUGUAGCUUUUUUGCGUUGGCAGUUCGGUUAUUUCAUUUACUUUGCCUAUGCAUUUGAUCAUUUUCUUCACCCUAUUGACCCAUGAUUCACUGUUUUGAUUACAUAAGCAUUUCUUCUGUCCAAAACACAAUAUGUGUCCUUGCAUUCUGUGAUCUCUGGUCUAUUGUUCACAUGUUUUCGUAGACGUGCUGAAUCUGUGUCUCUUUCACAGCACCAACAUUUGUGGUGUUAAAAAUACUUCCAACUCCAGUCACUGAGUUGAAGUGUAAAAAAAUGAUGCCAAACAUUGUUCAUUGAGAGUUUCAAGGUGGGUGGUAGUAAUUGCUUCUUGAUCUGUUUUGUUUUGCUUUUCAUUUGAAGCUUUUUUUUGUGAUGGUGAGAUCCUGAUGGUGACAUAUAAAUGACAUUGAUGUUUUAACAUUGCUUUGUAAGUUUGAUAAUAAAAUAGCUGUGUAUGUGUCGGGUCUGAUUUCCAUAAAGUGGCACAGCGAGUUGUAAUUUUGGAAGCCUGUUACUAUUGGAUACCGGUCAAUUGAAUUCAGGUGAUAUAAGCAAUUGAUCUUCAGAGUGUGAGCUUUGGUAGCAUGGGGGUGGUGCAAAAGUGAGUGUAGGCAGGAGGAGUGAUUCAACAGUGGCUGACGUCAAUGCAAGUCUGGUAGCUAAUUUGUGACUAACCAGGGAGUUUCUCGUCUGUCAGUUCUCUGCUUUAUAUGCUUUCGGUAAAAGUGAGUGCGUCUUUCAGUAGUGCUGUGAUUUGGGCAAAGAAGCUAGUUGAUUAUCUGGUAGUCAUCUCCGCACUAUAAUAAAGCACUUGAUCUAGAAAAUAUAGUCACAGACGACUGAUUGAAAAGUUUACGCAGUAAUGUCGUGCUUAUUGGGAAAAAGUCUCUGUGCUUUGCAGGAUGGAAUCCAAGGCUACUAGUGCACAUGGUCAUAACCAACAGACAACAUCAUUCAGACAUCCAGUGACUGGACAGAUUUCUCCAGAGAACGACGAAUACAUACUGAGGGAGCAAUCAGAUAUCCACAUGUCCAAGCAACAGGUGAGCCAAAGGCCACACAGCGUGGUCAGUGAGACGUCCACGGGUGUAACUACAUCAACAAUAGGAAAUGUUCCUAUCUCAAAGGUGUUAAAAACAAAUGGGAAAAUCCAUAACUUUGGAAAGAGGGAGCAGUCAAUUAAGAGGAAUCCAAAUGCGCCGGUGGUAGUGAGAGGAUGGCUUUACAAACAGGACAGUUCUGGAAUGAGACUGUGGAAACGGAGGUGGUUUGCACUUUCAGAAUAUUGUUUGUUCUAUUACAAAGAUAGCCGAGAGGAGACUGUGUUGGGCAGCAUUCCUUUGCCCAGUUAUGUUAUCUCACCUGUUGAACCUGAUGAUCACAUAAGUCGCAAAUAUGCUUUCAAGGCAACCCAUACAGGCAUGCGGACAUACAUUUACAGUAUGAACUCUAUUAUUGGCUCCCAGGCAGACCGUACAAGCAUGAGAACGUACUAUUUCAGUGCUGAUACUCUGGAGGAUAGGAACGGCUGGAUCAGGGCUAUGAACCAGGCUGCCCUUAUGCAAACUAAUACUUUAAAAAGAGAACCAGAAAAUGGCGAUGGACCACGUCCUGUUCAAAGCAACCAUAUCAACUCACAUAAGGGCUUUACCAAGCCAGACGUGUACCAGAGUAAAGAGCAUGCUCAGAAAAUAGAUAAGUUUGGGUUUGAGAAACACAAAGAAAUCAUGAGAUCAAGGGAUGAGGAGGAGAGAUACGGCUUCCAAAAAGCCCCUGUGGAGAUAUCAGGCAGAAAAUUGAAUAACAAGAUGCAAGGAAGUUCAACAGAAAGUGACAUGUUUGCUGAACGUCAUGCCUCAUCUCAACCUCAGCACAAUGGAGCAGUUCAGCCUUCUGCAACAAGUACCACUCAGGUGGACCAGAACGGCGCCACUGUUUAUCGGCGGGGUUUUGCAGGCCAGCCUGGCACAGAGAAAGUCCAGCAUAAAAGUUCAGUGAUGCAAGAACUCUGGGUGAAGUCACACAAAGGAGAAAAUAGAAGCCUCUCGCCUACCCAGACUCUUCCACAUCGGACAGCCAAUCCAUCUCAGCCUUAUUCAGAGAAUUACCAAACUCUGCCUAAGAAUAUCGGGCAAGCUUUAGAAAGCUCUCCUCCUCUGCACCGUAAUCUGCCAAGUGACUACAAGUAUGCCCAGGAUCGUGUUUCCCACCUGAAAAUGACACAUGAAGAUCGCAAGGCCACAAAGGAGGGCACUGUGUGGCAACUGUAUGAGUGGCAGCAGAGGCAGCAGUUUAAGCAUGGCAGUCCAACUGCUUCAGCCUAUCCCUCGCAUGCCACGGACUUCAACUCUGGAUUACCAAAAUCUGCCUUUGAUGUUCCUCGCUCAAUCUCUGUCCCUCCAUCUCCUUCAGACAUCCCACCACCAGGACCUCCAAAAGCCCUGUCACCCAGAAGACCCCACACUCCUGCAGAAAGAGUCACUGUCAAACCCUCAAAAGAAAAGUCUUUAGAGAUCUUGUUAACAGGAUCACCGAGAAGAGCACGUGGCCCUUUGGCAAAGAGUUCAACACACAUUGAUAGACGCUCUAUGCCUCCCAUGGGUUACAUGACGCACACUGUUAGUGCUCCUAGUUUGCAUGGAAAGACGGCUGAUGACACAUACAUGCAACUGAAGAAGAAUCUGGAAUAUCUGGACCUAAAGGUGACAGGGCAAGAACCAGUUAGACGUGCUGUGAAGCCAGUUAAAAUUGCAGAAAGCAACGCUGACGCUAAGUUGACUAGGCUUUGUGAACGAGACAAAAGUCUUCAAGAUCUGGAAGCAAAAGUUCGUCAGCUGAAGAUAGAUAAGGAUAAACUUGAAUCGGUGUUGGAAGUAACUCACAGACAACUGGAUCAGUAUAAAGGACAACCAAACCACACCGAGAAAAUAGCCUAUCAGCAGCGGCUUUUGCAGGAGGACCUGGUUCAAAUCCGAGCUGAAAUUUCUAAAGUCUGCACAGAGCUGGAGAAUACGUGGAAGGAUUAUGAACAAACAGAAAAUGAUGUGAAUCAGCUCAAAGAGACGAUUCUGGGACACAUGAAGAUGUUACCAAGCAUCCAGGAUCAAGAACAGAUGAGGAAGGAUCUGUGGAGGAUUGAGGAUGUUAUGGGAGGUCUCAGUGCUAACAAGAACAACUACAAAAUGAUCAUUGAAUCCAUUCAGAAUCCCGAGAGAGAACAUGUGCCUUCAUCAGCAGUGCCUUCCAUAUUAAUGCCAGUGAAGAAACCUACAACUCGGCCAAGUCCCUCCAUCAGUCCAGUGCUGCCUCCUCUCGAGCCUGUGGAAACACGAGCUGAACCACAAACUCGGCCUCAGCGACAGUCUCAGUUCAAGCUUCAACCUCAAUCACUAAGUCUGCCUCAGUUCAAUUUGGAUCAAAAUUCAUUAGAGGAUCAAGCUCCUCCUCGACCACCUCUCCCCCAGAUGUACAGUCCUGAUGACCAGCCACCAGCUGUACCGCCUCUUCCAAAAGAUGCAACGGUCAUCAGACACACAUCAGUCAGGGGACUGAAACGACAAUCAGAUGAAAGGAAGAGAGACCGGGAGUUUGGCCAUUAUGUGAAUGGAGAUUACAAAGCAGAGCUACGUUCAUACAUGAGUGAUCCUGAACUUGCUUCGGUCGGGAGUGGCUUCAUUGUCACCACAGCUGGAGGCUUGAGACCUGACAGCAACUUACAGACUCUGCCUGGGAGAGGGGGGCCAUCAUCUAAUUCGGGGCUGCAGCAGUCAUCGACCAUUGCCUCUUACGUCACACUUCGGCGGAAAAAAGAUGAAACCAGCUCUAAGGAACGACCAAAGAGUGCCUUGGAGCGUCUCUAUGGAGAACACCAAAGAGGUAGAAUGAGUGCCGAAGAGCAGCUGGAACGCAUGAAGAGACAUCAGAAGGCUUUGGUCCGUGAGCGCAAAAGAACAUUGAGUCUUGGAGAACGGCACUCAAAUUCAUCCCGAACCCUGUCCAGGCCAUUCUCUGCUGAUGUUGGCUCAUGGAAGCGUGAGCAGGAGUUUGAUAUGCAAUUGUUAGAAAAAGCAGUGAAAGAGCAUAAUGGUGUUGAGGACGGAUUUACCAAAUCAGAGCUGGUGAUGGAAGCUGAUGUGGAGCCACUAGACUACAAUUUGGAUCUUAGUAAAGAGUUAUCAAAGCCAGACAUGGUUUUAAUCCCAGAGCGCUAUAUUGAAAUGGAGCCUGACGAACCACUCACCUAUGAAGAAUGUGAGGCAAGGAGACGCAAAGUGCAAAAAAUCAAAAACAUCCUUGCUAAAUCAAGUUUCCAGAAUGUGCAGACAGGAGUUAACGGCAGAGAAAGUACAGCUGAUGUAGACUCACAACUGCAGGAUCAGGAACGUAUUAUCACCAUGUCGUAUGCAUUAGCAUCUGAAGCAUCCCAACGCAGUAAAAUAGUAGCAGCACAACAGCAAGUCCAUUCAUCUUCAGCACCUUCCCCUCCAUACUCCCCUGUAAGCAAUGGAUUCCACUACACAUUUGUCUAAACAAACCAAAGCCCUGGUUGACCACUAAUAACAAGAGAGGAAGGAAGAAUUGAAUAAGAAAGAAAGUGGGACAAACCUGCAAAGCUGCUCUGAUGAAGCACAACAUGGUAAUUCGGAUAACCAACACUAACCAGCCAGAAAUGGAAGAACUAGACUUUUGUAUGGAAACAAGACAAAGACAAUUUUUCAUUGGGAGCCAUUGAAACCGGGCUUGUAUUGACCAUGAGUUAUAGAUUGGUUCUUUCAUUGGGAGGCUAUUUUUCUAAAACAUAUGGAAGCUAUCUUGUUCAACACAAUGAUGGUUAAAAUUUGCUGACUCACAUUGGAAACUAAAGUUUUACUUAGCACAGUGGAGGUGUGUGCAGUAGGAUUAAUUUUUUAAGCAUAUAUAUUGUAUUGCACUUUUUUUUAAUGUAUAUGAAUUGCUUUAAAAGGUAUGUGAAAUGCACACACAAAUACCACAGAAAGCUGGUAUGCAGUAAUUUAGAGGCAGAAGGUGUUGAAGCAGAUUUAUAUGGAUCAUGCAUUUAUUCAGAACAGUCUUGCAGUGUUUGUGAAAUGGGUUUAUCUGUAUUGGCCUGUGUUCAGCUGCAAUAUUUUAUUGUCAUGACAAAUUCUGUAAAAAGUGAAGGACCAUUUCUCUGGUCUUCUCAUAAAUUACAUUAAAAUACUCAUCUAUUUUUGAAUCUCAAAUUUAAAAUGUGAUAUUCCUACCAAUUUUUGGAUCAAUUUUAAAAUGAAUUUAUUUUCUCUGAAUCAAGCACUGCCAGAAUGAACUUAUAUUGCCAAAACCAAAUGGAUUCUAUUGUUAUUACCACAAAGACAUUUGCAAAGUGAAAAGCACAGCAGAAAGAUUAUUUUGAAAAAUGGAGUACAGAAAUGAUUUUGAAAUCUGUUGAAAAGUAUUGCAUAAUGUAAAUAUUAAUAAAAAGAUUCAACGAAA